AGUGCCUGUAUGGUGUAUCCUCUCUGAAUAACACUAUGGCCGGGCGACAGUUGUCUUGUCCAGUUUGUGCUUUGCUCGUGUUUGGAUAUAUGACUUACUCGGCUCCUGUGAACGAGACAUGGUCGUCUAAUGCUACUACCACAGAAGCAUACACUACAGGUGACGGUUAUGAUGUCGAUAUGAAAUUCGGUGUCAUUCUCGAUGCCGGAAGUACUAGUACAAAGGUUCAUGUAUACACGUGGAAACGGAAGGAACAGGAGACAACCGUGCCACAAAUAACGGAAGUGCAAUACCAGAAGUACAAACCAGGAGUUGGAGCCUUUGCAGAUCGUGAACACGAGAUGGGGGAUUACCUCCUACCAAUGUUUGACUUUCUGACGUCAAAUGUUCCCGCUCAAGCCCAUAAUACUACGCCCGUUUUGUUCAUGGCGACUGCAGGUGUGCGGUUAUUACCGGAGUCAGCGGCCCAGUCUAUUUUACGUGGUGUCCACUUGGUAAUGUCCAACUCGAGUCUGAACCCGUUCUUGUACCAGGAGCGGUUUGUACGGAUCCUAUCAGGAGAGGAGGAGGGUUUUCUGGCCUGGAUCUCCGCAAACUAUCUUCAUGGUUUCUUCACCGAUCAUCGGCCACUGGAAGAGAGUUUCGGUAUUAUUGAAGUAGGGGGCGGGUCCUGUCAGGUCGCCUUUAUCCCGGAAGUGCCAAUUUACGAGGACAAAAUGCCGGUUUACAUAGGGGGUCAUACGUAUGAGGUGUAUACUCACAGCUACCUUUCAUACGGAGCACAGACCAUGACGUCACGCAUCCGGAACCACCUAGUGCGCCGGAACAAACACGCCAUUGCCCUGGUGGAUCCGUGUAUGUUGAUUGACGACACAUACAAUCUGAUAGCCGCUGACAAGACUGUAAGGAUUGUAGGCGGAAGCAACGCCUCCGAGUGUCGGAACGUCCUCCGUCAUUAUCUAGACAGAGUUCCAGAGUACAUGUGUUCUCCAAAACCAUGUACCAUCGGGUCCGUGUACGGGCCUCCGGUAGGCAACCGGAAAUUUAUCGCCAUGGGUGUAGUCUAUAAUACCGCGAAGGAGCUGGGGCUGCUGAAACAUGGAGUCACUGAAUUGGUGCCCAGCUUGAUGGAGGCCAGGGCAGAGGAAUUUUGUAAAUUACGGUUGUCCGAGGCCUAUGACCAGUAUGGAGUGGACGAGAGAUGGGCCUCUUCAGACUGUCAGAACGGCCUGUACGCGCCAAUGUUAUUGGAGGCGCUUGGGUUUAAACCGAACUCCACAGACAUACAGACGAAAACAAAAGCCGGAGGAACUAAAAUUGGUAAGGUUGGAGUCUUGGCGCAAUGCUACAAGAAGAAGAACACCAGUAUCGAAGUGACAUCGUGUAAAACUGUAGACUGACUUCAACAAUGUAACUAAGUUAACAUUGGUGUGUCUGGCCUGUACAGUGUUAAUGUUACAUGUAAAAAAAAGUAGGAGAUCGUCAUAAUCAACAGAGGAUUGUAUCAUACGUUUGAGUGUUAUAGUGAUGGUUUACAUACAUCCAAUUUUGACAAUUCAGGAUAUCAAUAUAUGAAAGAUCUCCGUAAAAAUACAUUUCAGAAUUAAAGUUCUUAAUACCUUUUGAUCCAAUAUGGACAAUGGAGCAGAGCAACUUGCUCACAAGUAUAUAUUCUGGUAAGUAAGACAGAGGAAUUCGUGGCAUUUUGCGGAUAAUUCGUGCCAUUGUGAAAUCCCGAUUAGUAAUCUAUCACAAGAUUAAUUGUUCAUUUCAAAUUGUUUUCAACCAAAAUAAAAAUAUAAUUAUGACGUAA